AUGCUUUUCGACAGCGGGGUCGCUCCUGCAUGUUCCACGCCAACAGCACCAGCGCAGGAGGGGGGAGAGAAGGAGGAGUGCAGCUCUCAAACACACAUCAAACAUGAAAGAGACGGGGAUGCUGUGUGCGGCGGAGAGGAGGCGAUGGAGAAGGAUGAGCAGAUCACUGGUGUGCGUGUUCAGACGGCGCUCACUGACACAGAAAGAUACUCUGACUGGAUGUAA